CCUGCCCCCACCCACCCACCCUGCACACAAAAGCAGCAUAAUUAACCGUCUUAAGGCAGCCGAGCCUCCGCCAGCUGCGAGCUGGCAGGAAGAAGACACCUCGGAGGCACGGCCGGGGCCGGUGAGGGGGCGCGCUCGCAGCGGGGCGAGGGGCAGCCGGCUGACGGCUAACUGCGUCCGUUCCCCACCUCCGGACAAAAGCGCCCCCCGUCUGCGCCGCCACGUUGCCCCGGGUGACCUUCCUUGCGUGCAGAGUCCGCCGCUGCGCGCACCUUCCGCGGAUGCUCUGAAGGCCCAGGGACCGCACUCGGGAGGCGAGGGAUGUCCGGCUGCGUCGGCGCGGGGCUCGCCUUUGUCUGCGCGUAACCCGCAGAGGCCGCGGAGGACUCAGCUCUGCUUCAAGCCAGCACGCCUCUCCUCUGUUCCCAUGGGGACCACUGAAGCUACGCUCCGGAUGGAAAACGUGGACGUGAAGGAAGAAUGGCAGGACGAAGGCCUUCCCAGGCCACUCCCAGAAGAGACAGGGAUGGACCCGCUUGGCAGCCCCACGGAAGACACGUCCUCCCCUCCCAACACAUUGAACUUCAACGGAGCUCAUCGUAAGCGGAAGACACUGGUCGCCCCCGAGAUCAACAUUUCGCUGGAUCAGAGCGAGGGCUCCCUGCUGUCCGACGACUUCCUGGACACCCCUGAUGACCUCGAUAUCAACGUGGACGACAUCGAGACCCCGGACGAGACCGACUCGCUGGAGUUUCUGGGAAAUGGCAAUGAGCUGGAGUGGGAAGAUGACACCCCGGUGGCCGCCGCGAAGAACAUGCCCGGUGACAGUGCAGAUCUGUUCGGGGACGGCGCAGUGGAGGACGGCGGUGCCACCAACGGGCGCCUCUGGCGGACGGUGAUCAUCGGAGAACAAGAACACCGGAUUGACCUGCACAUGAUCCGACCCUACAUGAGGGUAGUGACCCACGGAGGGUACUAUGGCGAGGGUCUCAAUGCCAUCAUUGUAUUUGCUGCCUGCUUCCUCCCGGACAGCAGCUCCCCCGACUACCACUACAUCAUGGAGAACCUCUUCCUGUACGUCAUCAGCAGUCUGGAGCUGCUGGUGGCCGAGGACUACAUGAUCGUCUACCUGAACGGCGCCACCCCCCGGCGGAGGAUGCCUGGCAUCGGCUGGCUGAAGAAGUGUUAUCAGAUGAUCGACAGGAGAUUGCGGAAGAACCUGAAGUCGCUGAUCAUUGUGCACCCGUCCUGGUUCAUCCGCACGGUGCUGGCGGUGUCCCGGCCUUUCAUCAGCGUCAAAUUCAUCAACAAGAUCCAGUACGUGCACAGCUUGGAAGAUCUGGAACAGCUCAUCCCCAUGGAACACGUGCAGAUCCCCGAGUGCGUGCUACAGUACGAAGAGGAAAGGCUCAAGGCCAGGAGAGAGAGCGCCAGGCUGCAGCCCGAGUUCGUCCUGCCCAGGUCUGAGGACAAGCCGGAGGCGGUGCUGGCGGAGGACAGGCCUGCUCCAGCCACAGAUCAGGAAACGAGCAUGUCCUGAGGUGACAAGACUACAGAGAAGGACAAGACAGAAGAUUCCAGAUGGCAAGAAACCUCUGUCAGACGCCCUCUGGUCCUGGACCUCCUCCCCGCCUCGUCCUGACGCCCCUGUCUUUGGAGGGGGCCAGUCCCCGCCAUCCAUCUCUGAAACCCAGCAUCCUUUUGAGCUGCUUGAAAA